AUGCUAGAUUUGUCGAAACUGGUGGACAAAUUGUUGCCAGACACUGAUCGCUAUGACCAUGCUCAAAAGUGCAAAAAGUUUAUGUCGCUCAGGUUCCUGGUGGCAUUUGUGUCGCUACUGGGUUGCGCUGUGAUGUAUAUGACCAGGGUCAAUAUCAAUGUUGCCAUCGUUGAUAUGGUGACUGUUGUGCCAAAGAUUAGUGUCAUUAAUACCGCAUUCAAUCAAUCAGUGCUUUCCGAUGAAUGUCCGGUCGAUUCUUUAAACAUUGACAACACAACCAUUGUUGGAGAGUUUGCUUGGUCUCCACCAACACAGGGAAUUGUGCUUGGUGCUUUCUAUUAUGGUUAUAUUUGGCCGCAAAUAUUUGGCGGUCGCCUAUCGGAACUAUACGGCGCUAAGUAUAUGAUCGGUAUCGCGAUAUUCACGUCGGGUGUCAUCAAUCUAUUCACACCUUUCAUUAUACGCUGGAAUUACUACCUCUUCAUUGGAUCUCGAGUUGUGUUGGGUUUGGUUCAGGGAAUACUGUUUCCCUCAUUCAUGGUAUUGAUGUCCAAAUGGAUACCACCCGAAGAGCACAGCACAUUCAUCCCAUGGCUGGAUGUCGGCUGUACUAUCGGCACAAUUGUCUGCUCUGCCGGUGCCGGACAUCUCAUUGAGAACAAAGUGAUGGGUGGGUGGCCUUCAGUCUUCUACAUAUGCGGUGUUGUGGCAAUCGUGUGGUGUUUCCUAUGGUUUUCAGUCAUCACUUCUAGUCCUUCCUCUCACUCGUGGAUAACAGACACUGAAUUGAAUCACAUCUUAAAGAGAGCAGACAAUAGGAGACAACACAAGACUCGGAACUCAAUCCCGUGGAAGAGAAUACUGACAUCGAAACGCUUUCUAUCGGUAUUGAUAUCAAAAGUGUUGUUUGGCAUUACAUGGGAUUUCAUAACAUCUAAAAUUCCGGCUUAUUUUCAAGAUGUCAUACAUUUUCCCAUCUCUGAGAACGGAUCCAUUUAUUCAAUAUUAAUGUUAGGUUUAGCCAUCACUUCAAUGAGCUCUGGUUUUGUGGCCGAUAUGAUCCUCGAAACCAAAUGGAUUAGCAAAACAAAUCUGGCGUGGGAAUGGCUGUCGCACUAG